AUGACGGAGGCACAUUUUAAGUACCAUGGGAAUCUCACUGUGCGAGCCCAUUUUCCCACUAUGGCAACAGAGGUUGGCAGCACUUCAGACAGAUAUUCCAACCUGUACAUGUAUGUGGGCUUAUUCCUGAGCCUUCUGGCCAUUCUCCUCAUCCUGCUCUUCACUAUGCUCCUUCGACUCAAACAUGUCAUCUCGCCCAUCACCACUGAGAGCACAGAAACUGUGUCUCAGUUCACAGAUGUAGAGAUGCAGAGCAGAAUCCCGACUCCAUAG